AUUGUGAUCUUUUGGUUCAAGAUCGAUUAGAGGAUGAUGAAAGAUGCUCACGUCUUGAGAAGAUUGAUCGCUUGCUUUUAUUCUAAGAUUACAUUGAUGACUUGGAGAAGGAAGAAGAGGAAAAGAAGAAGAUACAGAAGGAACAAUUGAGACAUGCUGAGCAGAAAAAUCGUGAUGCAUUUUGCCAGCUAAUGGAAGAAUAUGUUGCUGAUGGCAAUCUAACUGCUAAAACUUACUGGCUUGAUUAUUGUUUGAAGGUGUCAAGAUGAGGCUGAUUCGACGAAGGAACAAGGAUGGAAGAACAUACAAUCUACCAUCUGCAUCUGAAGUGGCUGCAUUGGUUGUUGGAGAUAUUGAUGGUUCUAUUGGAGAUAGGGACAUUAUAAUUGAAACACAAUCUAGGUUGCUGCAACGCAUUGAUGUACACCAUCCUCUUUAUCUUGCUUUGCAAUAUCCUUUAUUGUUUCCUUACGGAGAAGAUGGAUAUAGGAAUGAUGUUAUGCUCAAUCUUCUGGCAUCAUCUGAGGGUGGUGGGAGGAAAACAGUAAGCAUGAGAGAGUUUUUUACAUUUCAUCUACAAAAUAGGGAGAAAGAGUCCCAAAUUUUGUUAUCUUCAAGGAAGUUGUUUCAACAAUUCAUGGUGGAUGCUUACACAAUGAUUGAAGCUGAGCGAUUGAAUUUUUUGAAAUAUAAUCAAACUUUGUUAAGAGCAGAUUUGUAUAGAGGUUUGAACGAUGCUCUAAGUCGAGGUGAAAAACAAGCAUCUGCUACUGGCAAGCGGAUUGUACUUCCAUCUUCAUUCACUAAAGGUCCUAGGUAUAUGUCUGAGAACUGCAAGGAUGCAUUUGCCAUUUGUCGUUGGGCUGGUUAUUCAAGUUUAUUUAUUACAAUAACUUGCAAUCCUAAAUGGCCGGAAAUAAUGAGAUUUGUUAGUAAAAGAGGCCUUCGACCUGAGGACCGUCCUGACAUACUUUGCAGGGUCUUUAAGAUUAAAUUGGAUCAUUUGCUUAAUGAUUUGAGGAGUGGUCAUAUUUUUGGAAGAGUUUUAGCAUAUACUUGCACAAUUGAAUUUCAGAAACGUGGGCUUCGCCAUGCGCAUAUAUUGUUAUGGUUACAUUCAGAUGACAAGCCAAAAUCUGCAGAGGACCUUGAUAAAAUUAUUUCAGCAGAAAUUCCUGACGAAGUACUGGAUCCAGAAUUGUAUGAUGUUGUUAAGGCUUGCAUGAUGUGUGGAAGAGCAAAUCCUAAAUCGCCUUGCAUGAAAGGUGGUAAGAAUUGCACAAAACACUUUCCCAGAGGAUUUUGCUCUAGAACCACAAUAGAUGAAGAAGGUUUCCCUCAUUAUAGGAGGAAGGAUAAUGGUAGAACAGUGAAGAAGAAGGGUGUUGAGCUGGAUAAUCGAUAUGCCGUUCCUUAUAAUGCAAAGCUUCUUCUGAAGUACAAAGCUCACAUAAAUGUGGAGUAUACAUGUCAAACCAGUGCUAUUAAGUACCUUUUCAAAUAUAUUCACAAAGGUAACAAUCGGGUAACAGCUAUACUCAGUCAUCCUAGAGGGAGUGGAUCAGCUUCUUUAGAUGAAAUCCAGAGAUAUUAUGAUUGUAGGUAUGUUUCUGCAUGUGAAGCAGCUUGGAGGAUUUUUGGAUUUCCAAUUCAUUAUAGGUCUCCAUCUGUGCAAAGAUUAUCUUUCCACUUGGAAGAUAAGAAGUAUGUCAUUUACAAAGAUAACGAUGACAUUGAGGAAGUUUUGAAUAAAGUUGAUUCUAAAAGAACAAUGUUUGAGGCUUGGCUGGAAGCAAGUAGAAAAUUUGAUUUUGCAAGGGAACUUAUUUAUGCUAAAUUUCCCACACAAUUUGUCUACAAUGAACAAACACAUGAGUGGACCAAGAGGAAAAAGGGCUUUGCCAUUGGAAGAAUAGCUAAUGUGCCUCCUGGUAUUGGAGAAGAAUAUUAUUUGAGGAUUUUAUUGAAUAUUCAGAGGGGAUGCAGAAGUUAUGAAGAUAUUAGAACAAUAAAUGGUAUUGUGUUUCCUAACUUUAAAGAAGCAUGUUAUGCUUUGGGAUGGUUGGAUGAUGACAAGGAGUACAUUGAUGCUAUAAAUGAAGCUCAUUUGUGGGGACAAACUGCACAUUGCCUUCGACAGCUUUUUGCGUCUUAUUGUACUCUAAGAACAUGUGUAGACCUGAGCAUGUUUGGGAUAGUUGCUGGAAAUAUUUGUCUGAUGACAUACUUUAUCGUCAAAGACAAGUCAUUGGAAGACAAGCUAACAAAUUCAUGGGACGAUGAGUUUCACAAUGUUGUCCAGAUGAAUUAUGCAACCAGCGCUCCUCAUGAUAGCCAUGAGGAUGCAAAUGCGUCUCUGCCAGGUAGCUGGGGUCACAGUAGUUCCACUUCUAAACAUCAGUGGUUUAUUGAAAGUGUCAUUGGCUCAGAUUUUAUAACGAGGAGCAGAUACUCACUUGGAAGCUUGACGUUCCUCGGGUGUAUGGUAGAGCAGCAAACUUUGUUUUCUUUUGUUCUGGCGUUGAAUAUAUACACAAAAAUGGAACUCUUUGAUCAUGGGAAUUUAGUUACCCUCCUAGCAUAAAAGCUGGGAGAUACUAUGGUGUAAGAUCAUCACAUACAGGUUGCAAAUGGAAUUAUUGAUUUUUAGUUUGCAAAAGGCUUUAUAGAUACUAAAUCUUUGCUUCUGACUUUGCCCCUUAUUAGUUUUUAUUUCAAACUUUUUUUCCUAUGACGUUUCAUGCUUUAGUUUGGCAUAGCAAGUGCAGUAGAGAUUGUAAUUUUUCUUAUCAUUCAGUUUCCAUUGGCAUUAUCUCCCCUGGUGCCUGAAAAUGUGAACUUUUCAGAAACCUAGCAAACCUAGCAAGUUUUCCAGCAUGCAUGAUGGGUUUAAAUAUUUCAUUUAAAAGGAAUUUUUGAAGUAGAUUAUUUGGAGAUUGGCUUGGAUAUCGCACGUUACUAGACUAUAAUUGUGUUACCCUGUUGUAAGCAUGCUCAUGCAUUUGUAGCUAUGUUACAUAAACUCUGGAAUCAGGACCAAGUGUCUGAUAUUGAUUUCCUUAAAUAAUGCAGCCUUGAAUCCUUUUUAAUUUUGUGUAAUAGGUCACCUCUAUUUUUAUUAGAAGAACUUGUUACAUUGUUUUCUAAGCACCUCGUUAUCAAAACAUAUAUUUCUUUGGGUUGCUAGCCAUAUCAGUUAAGCAUUACAAUAUUUACUGAGCAGUAAGAUUUUAUGCUGCAAAGAUUGUACUUUCUGAAGUGGAUCUCCUUAGAUGUUUAUUAUUUUAUGGAGUUCUCAUCAGCUUAUGUUUUUAUGUAACUUAAGAGUGUGGUUCACCUUUGUCAAUAGAGAUCACAACGAUGCUAAUCUGACAUUAGUUUUAUUACAUGUGACCUUUUAGGUUUUGCUAUGCUUUUUUUUACAUAAUUUGUACACUUACAGGUAAAUUCCCUUUGAAUGGGGAUGUCCCUUUUAAAUGGUCUUGCUGUACUUCAACUAUACUGUUGACAGCAUCAAAUUUAGAUGUUUUUGUGCUUGUGAAAAUAUACAUAAUGCUAUUUC